UGGGAAUACAAUGCUGGCUAAUCACGAAGCUUUUUAUGGAUACAUAUUAUUUGUAUCACGGAACUAUCUUUGAAAGCAACGAUGGGCAUCGGAAGGAAUAACGGAUUACUCUGUUGGCUGUUAGUCUUGUUUUUGUCGGACUGGUCUGCUGCUCAGACAUCCUACACUGUUUCCGAGGAGGUGGACAAAGGGACUGUAGUGGGGAAUCUCGCAAAGGAUUUAAACGUCAACUUCCGAGAGCUGCAAACAAGGAAUCUAAAUAUCGUGUCUGGGUACAGUAAGAAAUAUUUCGAGGCCAAUUUUAAAACGGGGGAUCUUAUUGUUAAUGAGCGAAUAGACCGCGAGGAGCUUUGUCCAAACACGAUGAAGUGCACGCUCAAUUUAGAGGCUAUUCUUAGUAAUCCUAUGGUGCUUCGUCGCAUUGAGGUGGUUAUUGUUGAUUUAAAUGACAACACACCGACAUUUGUCGAGAAGUCAUAUUCGCUUAACAUAUCUGAAUCAUCACCUACGGGUGAACGCUUCUUGCUUCCCCUGGCUCUUGAUGCAGAUACCGGAGGCAAUUCAGUGAAGUCUUACAGGCUCAAUCAAAACGAAUACUUCUCCUUAGAUGUGCAGAGCGGUGGAGAACAUAGUGCAUCUGCUGAAUUAGUGCUACUGAAAGAUUUAGAUCGUGAAAAACAAGCUGUUAUUAAAUUAACGCUGACUGCUAUAGAUGGAGGAAAGCCUCCAAAAACCGGAAUCCUAUACAUACAUGUAAAUGUUCUCGACGUAAAUGAUAAUACGCCGUCAUUCAGUAAAACACUUUACAAGGCACGGGUUAAUGAAAAUGUGCAAGCUGGGUCACUAGUUAUUCCACUGAGUGCCACAGAUUUAGACGAGGGGGACAACGGGAAGCUUGGUUAUUCUUUUGUCAAGCGUGGAAACUUUAAUCCUGCAGAUAUGUUCAACAUUAACGCACAGUCUGGAGAGAUCACAGUCAAAGGAAAGUUGGAUUUCGAGGCACAAUCAGCAUAUGAAAUUCAUGUGCAGGCAAAAGAUCAGGGUGUUUCGCCUCGUAGUGCAAGUGGAAAGCUGCUGGUAGAGGUAGUCGAUGUAAAUGACAAUGCCCCGGAAAUUGUGGUGACGUCACUCAUGAAUCCCGUUAGAGAAGAUGCUGCAAUAGGAAGCGUUGUCGCUUUAGUGACGGUAACCGAUCAAGAUGGAGGAAAAAACGGCCAGACACACUGUAGACUUAUUGGUUCUGCACCUUUCAAACUGACUUCCAAUUAUAACAAUUAUUAUUCUUUAGUUGUCGAUGGAGCUCUUGAUAGAGAAGGGUGCUCUUUUUACAAUGUGACGAUCAAAGCUGCUGAUGAAGGGACCCCUCCUCUUUCCAGCAUCAGCGUUAUUACUGUUCAGGUUUCUGAUGUAAAUGAUAAUGCACCUGGUUUCAUUGAACCCGUGAUUAAUAUUUAUAUAAAAGAGAAUAGUCCUGUUGGAGUUUGUAUAUAUAAGAUAACUGCAGUCGAUCCUGACGUAAACGAGAACGCGAGAGUAACAUACUCUUUAGAUGGUGAUUCAAAAAGUAUUCCGAUAACUUCAGCUGUAAAUAUCAACUCGGAGACUGGAGAUAUAAUAACCUUGCAGUCUUUUAACUAUGAGGAGUUAAAAACGUUUCAGUUUAAAGUCCAGGCCACAGACUCCGGUGUUCCUCCUCUCAGCAGCAACGUGACUGUGAACGUUUUAAUUCUGGAUGAAAAUGACAAUAAUCCAACAGUCCUCGCGCCCUAUUCUGAGCACGGCUCCGUUAACAGUGAGAGCAUCCCCUAUUCUGCUGAGGCGGGAUACUUUGUGGCAAAGAUCAGGGCUGUAGACGCAGACUCUGGAUACAAUGCGCUGCUUUCGUAUCACCUCUCUGAGCCCAAAGGAAACAACCUCUUCCGGAUCGGAACCAGUAGCGGAGAAAUCAGGACUAAGAGGAGAAUGAGUGACAAUGACCUGAAAACUCACCCCUUGGUGGUGUUGGUUUCUGAUAACGGAGAACCCUCCCUGUCAGCUACUGUGUCUAUUGAUGUGGUGGUGGUUGAAAGCACAGCUGACAUCCAGACUCAGUUCAGACAUGUGCCCAUACAGGAGGAGAGCUUCUCUGAUUUGAACCUGUAUCUGCUGAUCGCCAUUGUGUCGGUGUCAGUGAUCUUUCUCUCAGACACAAUGAAGAGUGACGUAGUGGUUUUCCCCGGACCGUUUCCGCCUGUAGAUGGUGAACUGAUCAGUAUUAACGGAGGGGACACUUUUACCAGAACUCAGACUUUACCCAACACAGACAAGGUGUGA